AUGGAAACUGCUGACUUCUACUACGUUUAUUACUUAGCUCAAGAUUACCUGCAAUAUGUGCUUCAGGAGUCACAUCUUGGACCAGCCCAAACCAGAGUUGCUCAUGUCUUGCGAAACAUUGCAUCUUCACUGCAAGAUCAAACCGAGGAGGCUCUCAGACCGUUCCUGGACAGAAUUGACAUUACGUCUGUAGCUGUUGCCAAGAGAAUUUUCAAUGGUGUCAUGGAAGAAAAAUUUGCUGAUGGAAAUACUAACUGGGGACGAAUUAUGACCAUAUUUACAUUUGGAGGUCUUCUCACCAAGAAGCUUCAAGAGCAUGGAGUUCAGCUCACUGGAGAGGAAAAGGAGCAGAUUUCUUAUUUCAUCACAGAGUACAUAAUAAACAAUAAAGCCGAAUGGAUAGAUGCAAACGGUGGCUGGGAAAAUGGCUUCCUAACGAAGUUUGAAAGAAGAUCACGACUGUCUUUCUCCAAAAUAACAGCCAUGUUCAUAGCUGUUUUUACCUUGUUCAGAGAGUACUACUGAAACAAAUGGACCUGCCAGUCAUGUGUAAUCUAGAUAUUGCCACAAGCUUCAUUGCUAAGCUUUCCUCCAAGCAAUAUCAACAUCAUUUUCUGCCCUACUUUUUUUAACUUAUUUGUAUAUAUUUUGAAUAAAUACAAUGUUUAACAUACUAUCCUAAUUGCCAAACCUGAGGAUGAGAUCCUUCCAAAGAGGAAUUGACACAGCAUCAUGAAGCAAUUCAACUCAACCUUCCGAGGCAGGACUGCUUCGAAAGAGUGAUCAUUUUCCACAUCCAGGCAGCUCUUGGAAUCUGUGCUGCACCUCCAUGAAAGGACAUUGUUUUACUAAAGUACAAUCCAAUGGGUUAAGAAACAAGUUUUAAUGUCAUUUGCUUUGUAAAUGAAAUACUACUGUAAUGCAUUUUAUUGCAACCUUUGUAUAGGCAAAGGGGGGGGGAGAGAUUCUGUGAGGAAAAAGGAAAUGCAAAUUCCAGUGUAAAAGUGGGUACAAGUUACUGACACAGACUAAGCAAUUUUUAUGGGAAGAACAAUUUGUAGAAGUCAGCAACUUAAAAAUGUGCACUAAAUCUUAAUGCAAUGGUAUAUAUUUCUUUGUUGUAUUUUUUAAUUGCUCAUAUCUACAGUCAAUGUUCUUUCAAAUCUGUGUAAUGUAAUCAUCUGGCUGAACUUUUUUUAAACCAGGUGUUUUAAAAUAGGCAAGUACAAGAUAUUUCUAAAUGAGAAAUUUAUGUAAAUACACUAAUAUUUUUGAAAAAUACAUUAAAAUAUGUAUUUGAAA